GGACACACAGAGCCGUACGUACACACAUACACCGUUAUAUCGACAGCAAACCCACAACCCCAAAAAACUGAAGAAGCGACAAGAGUGUGUCCAUUCAGACUAUCAAGCGAGCAGACACCGAACAAGAGAUCGCCUGCGAUGGGUGUCAGUCAGUAGGGCCGCAUAGAUUGGGCAAGCGCUGCAUAUUGCUCCCAUUCGUCCUUCAUGACCUUGUACCGCCGCACGAGGGCCUGGAUGUCCUCCUUUUUCUCCGCCUCACCCUCACGCAGCCUAUCAGCACAGAGACGCACCGGGAGCGAGGGAGGGAGAUGUGGUCGGUGUGUGUGACGUCUCGUCUCUUGCUUUGUGUGAGUGGGUGACGACUUACUUUGGGAAGGCGACACCGACCAGCCACUGAUGGAUGGAUGGGUACAGAGAGAGGGAGAGGGAGGCAUAGCGGAUGGAUGGAUGAGUGGAUGCCAGUGUGGCUUGUCUGUCGGUUCUGUCUGUUCACCUGCAGGCCGUUGAGGUGCUGCUUCCACAUUGUAUAGUUGCGCGAGUAGAGGAAAUCUGCCACACACGCACCCAUGCACACCCACCCACCCACACACACACACACGGGAACACACAACAUAGAAAGGAGGCCAUAACUAUAUGCCGUGCUCUUUCCAUCCCCCUUGUGUGUGUGUGUGUCACACGUACCGGCGAACCACUCCCCGAGUGCGUGUUUGUCCGCCGUUGUGACCUCGGCCUUGGCCGUGUUGAUGCGCAAGAGCGACUUCAUCUCCUCCUCCCGACUCGCAAGCAGCUGUGUGUAUCAACCCAGCCAUCCAUCAACACACCCACGUGUGUGUGUGGUGCAGUGUGGCGGGAUGUAUGUGUGUGUGAGCGAAAUGAAAUGACUGACGUACUGACCUUUUUCUUCUUCUCUUCGAGAGUUCUGCUGAGGAAGAAGGCAACCCAGACGAUGAGCGCCACGGCCCCAAUAGCGCCGCUGAAGUACCAUGACCAAGCCUUGUUAUACUCAUACACAAACCCUGCGUGGAUCGGCACGACACCGCACACACAUACAUACAUUGGUGUGGCCGAUGGGUGUGGGUCUGUGUCCAUGCCUACCCAGGAUAAUGGGAAAGACGACUCGGCUGAAGGACGUAAGCACACGACAAACACGCACGCAUAGCCGACAUAAUAUGGAUCGUUUGCAUGCGCCUGCUCACCUUGCGGCCUGGGAGCUCUGUCCUGACACACACAUAGCAUCCAUCCAUCCAUCCAUGUAGAUCCAUCCAUCAUGUGCACACAACACACGAGCCAGCGGUCAUAUUUCACCCACCGAUGGAGAUGACAGUGGCCGUGUUGCCCGAUGUGGCGAAGUAGGCCAAGAUGGAAGGAAUACUAGGCGUUACCAUGCUGUUGCCCAUCACGUUGACCCCAAGAAUGAGGAGAAAGAGCCAGAGAGUGUCCGCCAGGGGGGCUACCACCAAGGCCACCAGCAUGAUGCUCUCGCCUAUGAUGGCCGUCCGCUCCAGACCCACCCACUUGCGAGUGAGGUCGAAGAUGAUCAGCUGAGUGAAUGGAUGAGCACACACGCACAUUUGCUUGCGUCAAAUGUCUGUCUUUUUUCCAUUGUGUGUGUGUUCAUAUGAACGCCCUGUCUGCCCACCUGUGAAAUGAUGAAGAUGACCGCAACACCGCUUAAAAUGAACCCCAGAUCAAGCGGAUCCACACCGAACUACAGCCACACACGCAUACACACACACACACGCACACACACAGAGAGAGAGAGAGAGAUGGGAGGGCCGGUGACAACGGCUCAUAUGGCCUCCGUACCUCCUCGCUAAGGUACAGUCCCAGCGUGGUCUGGACCACCGAGAAGGCUCCGCCAUGGAGGAAGGACGCCGCGCCGAUGAGCGUCAGCGAGAUGGCCUUCUUGCGCUUGGCGGCCUUCUCGUCCUCCUCUUCCUCCUCCUUUUCUGUCGGCUCUUUGUCUUCCGUCUCGCCCAUCUCCAUUCGGACCAGCUUGGCCUCCCUGUGGUACAUGUCACUCGGCGACUCCAUCACCUCCAUUGUCACCUGCCUGCCGUCCACGCCCUCCCCUUCCCCUUCCCCGUCCGCCGCGUCCUUACUGUCGCUCUUACUGUCGCUCUCGUUUUCUCGUUCUCUCUUCAGCGGCUUGGUCUCCUCAUAAUGGCUGUGCUGGGUGUCUGGCGGGCACUCGGAUCUCUUGCUGGUCUGCCGGCACACGAUCUCGCCGUGGUCGACCACCAUCAUAGGCAGGUCCUCUUCCUCCUCUUCUCGGACGAUCUCUCUCUGUAAGGAUGAGUCGGGCGGAGGGGUGAGGGACUGGGCUCUUGCGCGCGGCUUGUGGGCGGCAUCGCGCUGCUCGCGAAAGAAACCGAGCGUCAGGAGCGUGUUGCCGGCGGCCACGCCCGCCGCGACGAAAAAAGGCAUAUAAUACGAAUAGACCGUCAGGCCUCCUGCGAUGGCCGGUCCAAACAGCAAGGCAGCCGAGAUCAUUGAGCCCGUGAUGGCCAGGUAGCGGGGGCGCUGCUCGGCUGUCGUCACGCUAACAAUGUAGCCCUGCAUGCGGCGGAGGGAUCGCACCUUUUGCUCACAGAAUCAAUCAAUCGUCACACGUACCUGUGCCACAGGCGCACUGCCGGCGAACAGCCCCGUCAGGGCACGCCAAAGGAGGAGGUCGUACUCAUUGCGCGAGAAGCCACUCGCGAAGUUGCCUGCACACAGUGACACAGGUGAACGGGUCAAGAGCAUCCCCACUCCCAUCUGCUGCAUGUACGUGUGUGGAGUAGUACCUCCGACGCUCCCGACGAGCGAGAUGAUGAGCCCCAGUUUGGUUGACCGGAAGAAGUCGGUGAUGCGUGCGAGGGCGAUAUUGCUGAUGAGCUGGGACGCCGAGUAGGCCGCCGUGAGGAUGCCGAUCCAGCUGUCGUCAGCUUCGUACUCGAUAAUGAGGUACGGGAGGAUAGGGAUCACGAGCGUGGCGGCCAUCAUAUCGAUAAACACGGUCACAUAGACCAGGAUCAGACUCCGCAGCCUGCAGGAAGCAACCAAUUGAUGAAUAGACACGUUCGAUGCACCUCGGCGAUGAGUGUGUUCGUUGCCCUCACGUUGCUGCGUCCAUCUUGUCACUGACAACCGUCAUGUUCCCUCUUUUCUCUUCGUAUGUGUAUCAAUUGAUUCGCU